CGGACAGCUACAGUUACCAGUAGAACGUUCAGUCUUUUGUGCAAAUCAUAACGGCCAACUCAGAAUAAAAGUUUUCAGGCGACAGUUCAACUGUCACCGUCACAUUACAUUGUCACGCACACUAACGCCUUUCCUCAUCGACGCUAGCCCACUAAAUAUAGUGAUAGCCACCGAUAUCGAGUAAUCCCACACCGUCUGGAGUCAGGUGGCGUCCAGACUCCAAUUGAAAGGGAGUGUUACUGUUUUCACUGGUUAGGACCUGUUAGGACUCUUAAUCCUCCUGAUCAUGGAUGAACUCGUGCAUCAUUGUCUCCGAGAGCUUUCGUUCGACGGCGAUCUUGGUUGUAAUGUUUCCCGCUUGCGAGAUUUCAUUGUAGGAUUCCAUAGUCAUGACGCCACCCACCCACAAGUCGUCGACGAUGCUUUUUGCGCGUUUGUCUGGUCCAUAGUCGUCCAGCAACCCACCGUUCGCGUUGGUACAGUUCCUCCGGGCGUAUCAUCUGAAGUGUACGUCGCUCCUCAGACGAGUGCAAAGCGUAAGGCGGCAGCUAAGGGCGAAGUGCUUGUCGAAGAAGCCCCACCGUCACUUACUCUCGUUGAGAAUGCACGAGAUAGGUCAUUGGAGGACCUAAGGGCAGAAUAUGGCGAGGAUCUCAGGAUUGCUGUUGAUCCAGAGACAUCUUUUGCUGCAAUCACAGGAUCUCAUAUUAGAUCUUCGAAACUCAGUCCAAUGGUUUACAGUGCUUUGCAAUUCAUCACAAGAGGUCGCGAAGAAGGUGUAUCAACUGUCGAGCUCGGACGUAAGACAAAGUACGACCAGAAAACGUGCUUUUAUGUCAUCAAACAACUGCUGGAGCUUGGCUUAAUUAUCAAAGCACGGCGAGGAGGUGUUGGUAAUCACUCCUGCAUUCACAGAUAUUUUGUGGAGCGUAGCGCGUUCUGGCAACAGAUUCAGCAAGAGGAAGCCAAAGAUGACGAACCUAUUGUUAUUGGAGAGUGUCAUCCGCAGGACGCAACUCCUGUUGAAGAUGGGACUCCCUUUGCUGCAUCAGAACUCGACUUUGAGCCUGUGGAUGCCAGACAUCUGUCUAGUCUUCCACUAAUCAAAAACAGAAUCGUCAAGUUGCUGAAGGCGUCGCCGAAUAAUAUUCAUGCGUCAAAUAACUUAAUUAUCACCAUCGGCUUUAUGGAUCCAACCAAAACAGACCGUCGCUUUUUUGAAACUCGUCUGCGAGAGCUGAUUGCGCAAGGAGUGAUAGAACGUGUGUUGGUUCCGAGCUUCAAAGUCAAAGACAGGCAUGUCAAGUGCAUACGGCUUGUUACUCCAGACAGUCAGCUCUCAGAGGGCGGUGUUAUUCUUGCCCCUCAGGAAGGCGAGGAGGAUGACAAGGAAAUCGUGCUUGAGGAUACAUCUGCUGGUUACACUGAGGUUAGGGCAAACCGCACAAUCCAGAAACAAGUGUCAGAUGUACUUGAAGAAGCAGGACCUUCCGGCAGAACUCUCCGUGAAAUUUGCAGCGCUCUUGGAAAUUUCGAUAGACGCACUAUCGAACUUCUGCUAACCAGAGCAGUCAAGAGUCGCCCUCCCGCUCACCUCAGCGAUCUCGGGACAGCGGACUUCAUGGAGUCGUUUGGGCGGGAAAGACGACAUCGAUAUUACACUGUUGCGGCAUAUACAACUAUCAUGGCCAGCGAAAAGCUUGAUGAUACGACAACGUCAUAUGCUAACAUUGAUCUCUCAAAAGCCGGUGAUUUUGCCAUGUUCCAUGAGGCGAUGUUUUAUGAUAACGAUGAAACUCUCCACCACUAUGAAGACAUGUUCAAGGGCAAGGAGGGCAGAGUGAAGACAGGAGCUAAGAAGCGUAAAAGGCCAGAAACCGAAGAUCCAGGAGAUGACGAAGCGGUUGAGGGUACGCCAGAACCUGUCCCAAAACCCAAAAGGGGCCGCCCACGGAAAAAGCCACGUAGUGAGGAGGAUGGCAUCUCUAUCCCUCCGAAAAAGCGUGUUCAACCUCGCAAAAAUCCAAUUGCUGAGGAGGGGGAUGGGACUUCGACGGUACCCAAGGUUCCCAAAAGACGAGGCCGUCCACCCCGACAGAAGCCCGAUGCUGAACCGGUCGUUUGCCAUACCGAAGUUUCAAGGAGUGAAUCGAUGGAGGGUGUUAAUGACAUUGUUUUUGCCGCACAAGUCCCGUCAGCGCCUCCAUCAGAGACUCUGGAGGGGGCGAGUAUGACCGGCGUAGCUAGUCCUCUGCAAGGAAUGACUUCAGCCACAUCUCAUGUUACUCCUUCGACAUCAAGCCCGAAGGAAGGAAAUCGUUCGUUUCAGGGAUCAUUUGACUUGUCCUUAUCGGCGGUACAUGAGGGUCCCGGUGACGAGCAACAUCGUAAUCGUCAAGCUGUGGUAGGCGCCAAUGUGCAAGCCACGGUAUCGCGUCUGUCUGAUGGCGUUGCGCUUACAACCGACACUGGUGACCUGAUGGAAUAUCACGACGGGCUUGUGGCAGAGGGACCAAAACCCCAGGAAUCUUGUAGACAACCGAAACCCACAAUUCGCGAGAAGGGUGCUUCCUCUAGCCCGAGUGUGGUAGAAGGACUACCUGGUGGAAGUUCUGAUAAUCGAAUUGAUGAAUCGGAGGUCGUUCGUAUCCCAUCGCAAGUAGUGGAUGGCUCAAGGACCGAUAGAUUAUUCGUCAUGGAUAAGCGCCCUUCCGAACCUAUAAUUCUCGAUCCCGCACUGCUGAGGACGUCCUCUGCGGACGUAAUAUCCACUGCAAUAGGAGAGAAACGAAAGGGAUCCCCACUUUCAGUAACGCCGUCCCAACCAAAGCGUUCGCGAAUUAAGCCUAGUGACAAGCUCAAAACAAAUACGAACAUAUCCCAUUUACGCCGCGAGAACGAAUUUUUUCGGGUAAUCCAAGACUUUGGCGGCAUUGCAAAUCUGCACACAAAACAUUUUUUUGAUGCUCAUAUCGCUCUGCUCAAUGACAUAGCUCACCGCGGAGAACCUGCGAGUGCACCCUCAGGAACUCGUAUUGACAAGAGAACCGCAGACGCUACCAUAAAGAACAUGGAAAGCCGUGGCCGCGUCAAAGUCCUCAAAACCACUGUAUUCUCUGUCACCGGAAGUACUCGGCCUGCCUCCCUUGUUUAUCUCCCAGACACGCCUCAAGAGAAAAUCAACGCAUUUUUACAUCAUCUGAGCCACACUACCCCGGUUCCCAGUGUUCGGCCUGUCAAGACAUUUGAGGAGCCUGUGGAUUUUGGAGCUUCGAGCAGCGUUUCGCACAACACCACUCUACCGCUUCAUUUACUGCAGAUGGAGAAAUCCGGGCAAGAUGAUGCUGGACAUCAGGUCCUUGACACUACCAAGGCGGAGGAACUUUUCUCAUACGACUCUGAAACGAUCCGUGACGUACUACUUACGGAGAGAACUACGGUAGCGCAGUUAUAUGGCUUCAGAGUUGGAAAAGCGGCUCGGUUGCGGGACUUUCACGUCUUUACCCUUGGGUUGCUCGAACAACAUUCUUCGCCCCGUAUUGCAUCUCGCGAGCAUUCCAUGAUCGACAUCUCCUUGUACCAGUUCGACGUUCCCAUUGCUACUUAUUGCUCGUUCAUUGCCGUGCUCAGUUACGACGAAGAGCUAUCAAAGCUCAUGGCCUCCGUGGAGGGUAAAGAAACACUAAUUGGAGACCUACCGAACCAUAUAUCAGCAAAGCUGCAGGUGGGAAAAUUGCAUUCCAAAUCUCGCAUUCUAGAACUCUUAGAUGCCCUUCGACUUCUUGGACUUGUGACUCCUUACGAACCAUCCACGGAUGACAACGCGGAUUUCACAUGCACACUCUCUAAUGGCAGGACAGUUCCACUCAAGGCAGCCGCUUUUGACGGGUGGCGGGUAUCCUCACCAUCUGCCGCGCCCCAAUAUUGGCGCUUCAAUGAAACAGCACCGUUACAUCUCUGGGCUCUUUCGGAUUCUUCUCCGUCCUACUGGAGGCGCGUCUCUGUGAAAUCUCGUUGUAAUGGCGUAGCUUUCUGGGAUGAGCUGCAUAAAGUUUGUCGAGAUGUCGCUUACGUACGAAGCGCUGUUUGUCCAACGCACGGUACUUCGGGACCUCCAACAAACACAUCUCUUCUGCGAUUCCUUCGCCGGAGAACAUCCUGGGACUUGGAAUACCGCCUUACCUGGCACCAGAAGCGUUAUCUAGACCAAUCUGUAGACCGCACCACGGCUCGCAGUCCACUUGACGACGAGGAUAUUGACUCACAGCUGCAGCAGAUUUGCCAUGUUCUUAGUGCUCCACGUGCGCCUGUUGUCGCCUACCUCAAAGAAGCUACUGAAAAGGUUUUACGUGAAAUGAAGAAAGCACGAGCGAGGCAGAAACGAGACGGGGAAGAGCAUGGUGCGAUGCAAAACGCCGAAGCCAAAACCAUGCUUCAGAAGAAGGCCGAAGAAGCAAAGCUUCAAAGGGAAAGCGACUGGGAAGCUCUGCUUCAGCGCGUGCAUCCUGGGCCUCUUAAGGGGACCAUUGGUAUCCGGAUUCGAGCUGUUCACAGUCGCUUCAUACAAUCUAGCUCGAUCAGAGAUAAAGAUCGAUGGCAAAGUGAAAUUGAAAACGCCAUCCGGGAGGCUCGACUGGCUUCAAACAAGGUUAUUGCAAGGCCGAAGGCGCUUGCGGCCACGCGCCUCACAGCUUUACCUCCUGUUGCAGCCAAUCCUCCUGAGAAAUCGGUGCAUUUUCUCAUAGCUCAGCAAGGACCACCUAUUCUCGCGCAACAAAUAGACAAGUCGAGAGGAAAGUCCAAGACCAAGGAAGACCAAUCAGAGAAUAGGACACCACACCAGAGGCGCUCUAGAUUCCACUGGACUCGAGAAUACGAUGAACUCGCCCGUGAUGCAUCAGCUGUAAUUCGUGCUCGAUGUCGCAGUGGGGUCAAGAUCGAUCUUUCAGCUCUCGACCAAGUGUUUCCUGCUGUGCCGCGUAAUUCUGUCCGCCUCCGCCUCUCACAUCUCCGAGAGAAUACUGGUGAAGAAGUGUAUAUGGCGCGCCUCGAGGACCGAUGGCAUGACCUUUGGGUUCAGCAUAGGGGUACCGAGCACCUUCCCGACGAAGAUCCUCAAAGCCCGUCGAACUUUGACAUAGUAAAUCACAUAGAGUUUCUUCGUAAACACGUUGAUAAGAAUGCCCUGAGAGUUGGUUAUGUUGAACAUACAACUCGAACGAAGCUACCAGCAUCAGUGGAUGACAUCAUACAACAUUUCGAUGUGCUUUGCAACGCAACUAUUUCUCCUGCUUGGGAAUUUAUGUGGCAAGCUGCCGUCGAAGAAGGUCGAGAAAAACAGUUUCUCCGACAGUCUUUCACUCAUGCACCAGACGAUGUUCCAUAUGUCACUAACACGAGUGAUGAUGUAGUCCAAGUCGCGGAAGCUGCGCUAAAGAUGGUUUUUGGCAUGUCUAGCGAACAUUAUGACGCUGAUUUGGCAGCGGAAAUGCUCCACAGUGUAGGUGAUCAGUCUGUAUCCCUCGCAACCUCCAACCUUUUGCGCCGUGGAGUCCUGUCAAAGGUGGUUCGUGAUCCCAAAAAGAUGAAGCCGGGACGUACAUUGAAAAUAUCAGAAGUCAACCUAAACGCCAUCGGAGGCUCGAUACAUGGAGACUUAUUUCAAGACGCUGUCGCUCUGGAUGAGGUAUUUGCAGAGCAAGUUGACAGCCUGGAAUGGCCCUUGUUAGCUUCUGAUGGUGACAUCGCAGCACUACUCCAGCUAGUGUCAGAGGAACAGGUCAAUUUCAUCAUAGAUACAGCACAGUCACGAAACGCUCGAACAAAGCUUGACUGGAACAGCAAAAAAGCAGAUGAUAAUGAUAUCGAGACUGGCAUCCAAGUCCGCUUGAAUCCACUCGAUGGAGACGAUAACGAAGGCAGUGGAAACGCGAUAUUGCCUUCAUAUGAGUCAAGCUUGGGCCCUACGAACACAUCACUCGACGAGAUCAAGCAACACGGAAAAACGGUCACCGGAGCUGACGCUGCUUGUGCUGAGAAUACACGAUCAAGAAUCGUAGAUUGCGUGCUAUGCACCGAGUCGACAUUUUCCAAGUUUGUCGCUGGUCUGGAUGGCGAACAACGAAUACUGGCUCGAAACAUUUUUGAUCGAGCUAAUGCGUCACCAGAAUCAGGUUCAUCAAAGUCGCACUACAUAGCUUUUGGUGCUGGUGAUGUGGUCAUGGACCUGUUACAACGAAUGUCCCAAACAUCCCCACCCCUAAUUCUGUGGGCUGGAUACUCUGUGCCAGUCAUCAUUUCCUGCCUUCAUGCCCGUCCUUGGACAGUGGAGAUUAUAAAGGAACCAAAAACUCUUGCCUUACCUCGACGCUGGCUAGAUAUCCGUGGUGGUACGAUACGAGAGACCUGGAACGCUAUCUUACACGCUGUGGUGGGCAUCGUCUUUUUCCAUCCAGGAAUUUCUCAGACCGAGCUGCGGUGGAGGCUUAGGGCAGUAUGUGACCGACAGGAAUUCAUAGACAUCCUAUGCUUCUUGUAUCGUGAAGAAGCCAUUUACGCACAAGUUGGUACAGCAUGUCCACCUGGCACUGUCUGGCCGGCAACAUUAGAUGAUGGAGAGGAACAGCAGGUUUUCUGGUUCAUUGGCAAGAACAAGUAUUGGUACCAAGUCUAAAUCCACAAUCAUGUUCAUCAGACGCUGCGAUAACCAUAAUGCCAUGCUGAUGAAAGUGUUAUGAAAUAUAGUUCAAAGAUA